CUUUACAAUAAAAAUUUGACAUGUCAAAUCGCUUUCCUUUUACUAAAUUAGCUCACAGUCCAGUUAAGCCAGAGCUUGUGUUAACUAAUGGAGAAGACUAUUUGGUAUUGAACACGAGCAAUGGUGAAAUAAUAAAGUCUCUCUCCAACGACAAACUUGAGAAAGAUACUGUUCAUGACGAUUUUCGCAGUAUGAACUUUAGUGAAGAUGGGUCAUUAUUUGCUGCUUCAGGUGAGAACAAGAAGAUCUGUGUUUGGGAUACAAAAGAUUGGUCAUUAAAGCUGUCAAGACCUGCACACAAACGAGUGAAUGCUCUUCAAUUCGAUAGCAAAGCUACUACUGUUGUUGUAGCAGACAAAUUUGGUGAUGUUUACUGUCAUCCAAUGAAAGAAGAAGACAACGAAAAGUUGAAUCCUAUUGUAGGCCAUGUUUCAAUGGUUACCGACAUGGCGUUGACACCAGAUGAUAAAUACGUGAUCACAUCAGAUCGUGACGAACACAUCAGAGUGAGUCGAUAUCCCAAUGGAUACAAUAUAGAAACCUUCUGCUUAGGGCAUACAGACGUUGUCACUUGUGUUGAUAUCUUGCCAUGGAACGAAAAUUUAUUAGUAUCUGCUGGUGGUGAUGGAACGAUUAGAGUCUGGGAGUAUGUCUCUGGCAAGCAAAUUCAGUGUUUAGACCUCAAAGAACAAAUCGAACCUUAUAAACCUGUUGUAUGUGUCGUUAAUGAAUACACAUGUAAAAAAAAAACAAAAAAACAAAAAAACUAAUCGUCCCUAGGCUGCUGAUGCCAAUUCUGAAGAUGCCAUUGUUAACCGAUUGACUUUUGACAGCAAAGAUAAACUUCUCGUAGUUGGUUUUGCAAAAGCAAAUGCAUGUAUCGUGUUGGAAUGGAAAGAAGAU